GUUAAAGGUACACCUCGUAGGUUGAGAAGACACGAAUUGACACACUGUGUUCCGAUCUAGUUCAGUCUCUGCAGCACAGUCUAUGAGAGGGCAAUGCCACUUUAAAAAUUAGUGUGGUCAGAGCGUCGUGUCCCUGCAAAGGUUGAUGAGGCGUCAUUAAGCAAGAUGGCGUCCCUCCUCUACGCUGUCUUAUUGAUGUCGUGCAUUCCGUCACUGUCAUGUUUCAAACGAGGUUAUGAAGAGUUAUUCACACUGGUCACGGACUUCGACGGCAAGAUCUACAAGUACAGCAUGAGGAACAAGAGUAUUGAACGCAUCCCCGUGUCGGACUCAGGACAAGGACCCGAGGCUAUUGACUACGAUCCUGUUACUUCUCAAAUAUUCUGGUCCAACAUACGAUCGGAUAAAAUAAAGCGAGCAGAUCUGGACGGUCGGAACGAAAGGACGGUCAGAUCAGAAACAGAAACGCCCCGAGGGAUUGCCAUCGACUACAUCAACCGUCUGAUGUUUUACACUGAAGAAAAGAUCGACAUUGUUGGCAUGCAUAACCUCACCAGCUCGGCUCACAAAGUCCUUCUCCGGACAGGGAUGGACCGCCCACUGGCUAUAACUGUCGACAUGGUAGACAGAGUGUUCUAUUGGAGUGACAUCGGCACGCCAGCGAAGAUAGAGAUGGCGAAUUAUGACGGAACUGGCCGAAAAGUUUUGAAGUCCGACAACAUGAAGUGGCCUAUAGCACUUUCGCUUGAUGAGUCACGUACUAAGCUGUUCUGGUGCGAUGGAAGCAAAAAGAAGAUUCAGUAUUUAGAUUUAAGUUCUAUGAGGACAACUGUCGUGCUGAGUAACUACAACACACACUACUACGACGUCCAAUACGUCGACGGAAAUCUAUACUUCGUGGAUCUCCUUAAGAGAAACGUGUUUCAGUCAGUGCCGGCAACGGGUGGGACCGUGACGACAUACGCCUUUGGGAAAACCAUGUCGAAGUGGCGCAAGAUUAGGCUGAUCAAACUCAGAGUGUGUCAGGACAUGGCGUGGGGUCCCAACUGCACCAACAACUGUGGAAACUGCCAAAAUGAUGCAGUGUGCAACAAGGUGAAUGGACACUGCCCAGGGAGCUGCAAGCCAGGGUACUCCAGGCCUACGUGCGAGAAUGAAUGCCCUAAGGGCUUCUAUGGAGUUGGCUGUUUGUCCGUCUGUGGACACUGUCACGACCUUGACACCUGUAACCACCUGACGGGCACAUGCUUGUAUGGAUGUGCUGCCGGAUGGGACGGGAGGAACUGUUCACGAGGGUGCCCUGAGGGUAAACAUGGCCGGAAGUGCGCCACCUCUUGUGGCCAUUGUAAAGAUGGGUCUCCCUGUAUGAGGACCAGCGGAAACUGCACAGACGGAUGUGAGCCAGGGUGGGGCGGAGCCCAGUGCAAGGAAGAAUGCUUAAACGGGACCUUUGGUGAGGCUUGCCAGUACAAGUGCCAGUGUUGCGAUGGGUCAGUCUGUGACAAGGUGACAGGCCGGUGCCCGUAUGAGAACGUCACUAUCAGAGUAUGUCCGGUCGACCGGUACGGGUUCAACUGCAGCACCUCCUGCGGACAGUGUAUGGAUGGCCAGCCGUGCAAUGAGACUACGGGCAGGUGCCCCACAGGGUGUGAUGCAGGGUGGAUGGGCGACAUUUGUAAAACGGAAUGUAUCGAAGGCAGGUACGGUGCUAACUGUGUCAAGAUGUGCCGGUGUUUCGGCAGCAACGUGUGCGACCCCAUCAGCGGUCGAUGCUACUCCGGGUUGACCGGGGCUGCAAAACAAGUUGGCAACGUCCGCCUCAUCGACACACCCGUGACCACCGGCCUCUGUGUUCUGAUCGUCAUCCUGGCGGUACUCCUGGCUAUAGCCAUCUUUGUCAUAUACAGACGACACAGAGUACAGAGUUACAGUUCCGACAAUGAACCGGAGAAGCCCGAGAAGAACCCUCCGAUCAGUUUUACCAACCAUCACCUGGACCCUCUGAUCACUAUGUGAUGACGAACGUGUCAAGUGAAGGAUAUUCACCGUCGCUGUAGCGACAUGUACAUAGAAAAAAGAAUUAUUCAAAUAUGCCCUCUCUGCUGAACAUGUUCAUUGACAACCCGUGUGGCGUCAUCUCCAUCACGGGCGUGAUGUCCUCUGUCGCUAUGGUUAUAUAUAUAUAUAUAUUAAUUCACAACGACAAAACAUAAGUUUCAAAUACUUUCUUGUUCAUCAUCAGACCACCGGCCAUUCGUAUCGGUUGGGCCACAUUGUAAUAUAUCACACAUCGUGCCUACAAUGUCUCCCACUUGCAUUCUCGGUUCUAGCCUCCGCUUACCUCAGCUGCCCCCCUGAUACCCCCUGAUACCCCCUGAUGCCGUGUGACAGACUGCCCUGUACUCCAAAAACAAGCAUUUCUUAAAAUGUACAAGUCAAAAAGAAACGCGAAUAACAUAAUUGUAGCUUAAUAUAUGGAGAAUAACACGUAUUCAAGAGAUGCUAGGUUGGUUCGAUGCACACACGGACAUACUGUUAUGGUGUGUGAACGGAUACUCAUGGACGCAUCACAUGUACGCAUGAACGCAUCAUAGAUGCAUGAUUCGAGAUGAACCAUUUUUCUUGAGCAGGAUUAGCGUGUAAAGUUUGGAAAUCACGUGGAGUAUAUCGUGAUAAGAAUAAAGACACUGUGGUAACACUG